AUGAGAAAGACGGAAACCGACUCAGAGCAGGUGUCGGCACAGAGCCUGAAGAACCUCGUACAAUGCGAUUUAUCUGCUCAAGUUCUAAAGGAAUUUAAAGGCCGAUUUGGAGAUUUAGAGGCAGCGCUGUUCCCCCCGUCAGGGCCGCGCCGCCGGCCCGUACGCCCUGAGGAGCCGACGCCGCUGCCGCCGCCCCGCCGCGGAGUGUCCGCCCGCCUGCCCGGCGGCGCGGCCCCACCGCGCGGCUCCGGGCCCGCCGCCGCUACCGCCGCCGCCGCCCCGGGCGGGGAGCGGAGCGGGGCGGAGCGGGGCCGGGCCGGGGGGGCGCCCCGCGCCGCUGUCACCAUUGCUGGGGCCCGGAGCGCCGGAGAGCUGCUCUCUCCGCCUCCGCCUCGCUCGCCUCAAAGACGGCGGCGGCGGCGGCACCCUCAGGGACUCGGCCCGGCUCCGGACCCUCCCUGCUCGGCCGCCGCCGCCGCUGCUCCCGCCCCGCUCGGCGCAGCGGCGGCAGGAGGAGGAGGAGGAGGGGGCAGCCGCCGCCGCCGGGAGCCGCCGCCACCGCCGCGGGGGGAGGCGGGCCCGCCUAGGGCUGAGCCGCCGGCGCAGCAGGCCCCGCGCCCGGGGCCGCCCGGCGGCCGCCGGCCCGCCGCCGUCUCCCGGCCCCGCGCCCCGCCGCCCGGCCCCUGCGCGCUGUCCCGGAGCGGCCCCCGGCUGCCAGACAUGACCGCCAUCAUCAAAGAGAUCGUCAGCAGGAACAAAAGGCGAUACCAGGAGGAUGGCUUCGACCUGGACCUGACCUAUAUUUAUCCAAACAUAAUUGCUAUGGGUUUUCCUGCGGAGAGGCUUGAAGGAGUGUACCGGAACAACAUUGAUGAUGUAGUAAGGUUUUUGGAUUCAAAGCAUAAAAACCAUUACAAGAUAUACAAUCUAUGUGCUGAAAGACAUUAUGACACCGCCAAAUUUAACUGCAGAGUUGCACAGUACCCUUUUGAAGACCAUAACCCACCACAGUUAGAGCUUAUCAAACCUUUUUGUGAAGAUCUUGACCAAUGGCUAAGUGAAGAUGACAAUCAUGUUGCAGCAAUCCACUGUAAAGCUGGAAAGGGACGAACUGGUGUAAUGAUAUGUGCAUACUUGUUGCAUCGAGGCAAGUUUUUAAAGGCUCAAGAAGCCCUAGAUUUCUAUGGGGAAGUAAGGACCAGAGACAAGAAGGGAGUGACAAUUCCCAGUCAGAGACGCUACGUGUACUACUAUAGCUACCUGUUAAAGAAUCACCUGGAUUACAGACCAGUGGCACUGCUGUUUCACAAGAUGAUGUUUGAAACAAUUCCCAUGUUCAGCAGCGGAACUUGCAAUCCUCAGUUUGUGGUGUACCAGCUAAAGGUAAAGAUAUUCACCUCCCCUUCAGGACCCUCAAGACGUGAAGACAAAUAUAUGUACUUUGAAUUCCCUCAACCUUUGCCGGUAUGCGGUGAUAUCAAAGUGGAAUUUUUCCACAAACAGAACAAGAUGUUGAAAAAGGACAAAAUGUUUCACUUUUGGGUAAAUACAUUCUUCAUAGGACUGGAUGAAAAUUCAGACAAAGUAGAAAAUGGAAGUCUAGUUGCAGAUCAGGAACUUGAUGGUAUUUUCAGUACAGAGCGCUCAGAUAAUGAUAAGGAAUAUUUAAUCCUUACGUUAACAAAAAACGAUCUAGACAAAGCAAAUAAAGACAAAGCCAACAGAUAUUUCUCUCCAAACUUCAAGGUGAAGCUAUUUUUCACAAAAACAGUAGAAGAGCCAUCAAAUCCAGAGGCUAGCAGUUCAACUUCUGUAACGCCAGAUGUUAGUGACAAUGAACCUGAUCAUUAUAGAUACUCUGACACCACUGACUCUGAUCCAGAGAAUGAACCUUUUGAUGAAGAUCAGCAUACGCAGAUUACAAAAGUCUGAAUAUUUUUUUUAUCGGAGAUAAAAAAAACCCACAAAAAAAACCAACCACGAAGAGUGACAAACUUGAAUAAACUGAAAAAAGGACCUUUUUAAAUGGCAAAAGGACAUAGUGUCAGAUUACCAAUUAUAGGAACAAUUCUUUUCUUGACCAAUCUUGUUUUGCCCUAUAAAUCCACAGGGUUUGACACUUGUCCAGUUGGAAAAAAAAGGUUACGUAGCUAUGAUAUGUAUAUACCUUUUUGUGUCAAAAGGACAUUAAAACUUCAAUUAGGAACUAUAAACAUGGCACUUUCCCAUUUUAUUCCAGUUUUAUAAAAGUGGAGACAGACCUAAUGUGUAUACGUAGGAAUUUUUCCUUUUGUGUUCUGUCACCAAAUGAAGUUUUGAAAAUAUACAGGUUCACAUCCUGCCCCUUUUUUUGCACUUGUGUGGCAACAGAAAAGUCUGCAGUUGGCUAAGAGAUGUUUCUAGAAGGUUUUUACUACAUUCUAAUGCAUGUAUUUUGGAUGGGGGAUGGAAAGUAAUGCUCAGAAAGGAAUAUAGUCCGCUGGAGCUUGGCCUGUGUACCAUAUCCGGCUAUUUACAUGCACCUUUCUUUAGCAUGCUACCGUAAUUCAUCCUGGACAAUUGAAGAGUCGCCGCUGUCACUGCUUGUUGUUUGUGCAUUUUAUUUUUUUAAGUGUAAUGGUGCUAGAAAAGGCAGCUAGAGGGAGUGAUUCUGUAUAGGGGUACAGGAAUGAACCUUCACAACAUCCUAAAGACCCACAAAUGAAGGGAGAAAAAUUAUUGGGGUCACAGAAAGGAAACACAGCAACAAUGACUUAACCAUACAAAUGUGGAGGCUACCAACUAAAAUAUGGGCUUGAAACAAAUGGUUACAAAAUUUGACAAUGAUUUAUUAAUUGUUUUUUUUUUCUGAAUUGUAAUGGCUGCUCCAUCUCCUGUGUAAUCAAGGCCAGUGCUAAAAGUCAGAUGCUAUUAGCGCAUACAUCAGUCAACAUCUUACAUUUAUAUUAUUAGUUUUUCAAUCAUAUUCCUGCUGUGAAUACUUCAUGUGCUGCCUUGCGAGCUUUUUUUCUCAUUAAUAUAAAAAUACUUUGUAAUGGUGCACAGGAAAUUUCAAUUGGAGAUUCUCCAGGUUAGUGUUUGUUUUGAAGAUCUAUGAUGCAUUUAUUCAAUCAAACCUCUGUCAGCUGUACCACCCCUUUGACCUUACACAUUCUAUUACAAUGAGUUUUGCAGUUUUGCACACUUUUAAAAAAAAAAUGUCAUUAACUGUUAGGGAGUUUUACUUGAAUACUCAGUACCUACAAUGUUUUAAAAACAGACAUUACACAUGCUAUAGAGAAAACCAGUGUUGCAGUAAAUUCUCAACACUGCAUGUUUAUGAAGAUGUGUACUUCUAAAAAGCAGAGCUUGUCCCAAGUAUAUUGUUUGCUAUUAAGGAAACAAAAAACCAAACCACCCUACAAAUCAGUUUUCUAAACUGGCGGUGUUGUAUUACUUGUUCGUAGGGAUAUAGCCAGGCAUAGGGCUUGAGAUUCACUUUCGGUAUAUAAUUGGCAUGCCCAGACUGCAGAUGACUUAAGAGUACAACUACUGUUGCAUGCAAAUGUGAAGUAGCUGGCAAAAUUGUUCUCUCUAAAGUAUGCCAUGAAUAGCUGUCCCCAAAUUGACACUUUUUUAGGAUGUAACCCCCCCCCCUUUUAAUUAACUUAUUGGUGCUGACAUUGAUGUUCAUUAGCUGUGUUCUCGCCUAGAUAACAACUGUGUGUGGAAUCUGUAAGGGCCCUGUACAACAGCAUUAAUGGUAAGAAUUUGAAUGAGACAAGGCAGGACUUCCAGUAAUUGCUAUUGGUAAACGAAGGUAUAAAGUGCUUUUUCUUUUUUCUUUUUUUUUUUCUUCCUUCUCCCCCCCCCCCCCCAGUAUCUGUUGGUCAAUUUUGCUCAUCACAUUCAUGAUUCUAACUUCUAACAAAGCUGAUAAAUAUUUUCUGACUUAGAGGUUUAAUUAGAUUUUAAUAGCUUAAUGGAUCAAGAUUGCUGGUUCCAGUGCUCAUUAUUCCCACUGUUAUUGACGAGCAGGAGGUGGUUACCUUGGGACGUGACUUUUAAUUCUUACCCUUCGUAUCAUGUUUCACCUUGUCUGUUUUUUAACAGUUGAAAGUUGUGUUGGCUAAUAAACAAAAAUGUUGAUGCUUUAAAAGUACUCGGAUAUUGACACUGCUGCGUGUCCCACUUUGGAGAAUAAAAAUUGGAUUGGUGCGGUUCCGGUACGUAACGCUGAGGGCCGGAUUGGAAAUCAUGACGCGAUGGGCUUUUGCACUGUUAUUUUUUUUUCUUUGGAAUGUGAAGGUUGGAAUGAGGGUUUUGAUUUUUUGAAUGUUUCGAUGUCUUUGAGAAGCCUUGCUUACAUUUUAUGGUGUAGUCAUUGGAAAUGGAAAAAUGGCAUUAUAUAUAUAUAUUAUAUAUAUAAAUAUAUAUUAUACAUACUCUCCUAUACUUUAUUUCAGUUACCACCCCUAUAGAAGUUGACAAGAAUUACUAUGACUGAAAGGUUUUUGAGUCCUUAUUAAAACUUUAUUUAUGACAGUAUUCAUAAUUAGCUUGAACUGCAUUCUGUAGGUAAUCUCUCCUUGAGUUUCUGGACUGUAUGCUUAAACCUUUUUGGACGUGCAACAGCUUACAUGUCUGAAACUACUUGAAGGCAUCACUUCGGUAAGAGCUUACUGUUAGGCCCUGAAGCAUCCCCUAGUCAUUGAUAGCCCCACUCAAAAUAUUUGCCACAGCUAUUAAAGGGCAGCUGUAUAAACAGCAUCCGGAUUCGUUCCUGUGGCACACAUUGUAAACUGAAGUGGAGUUUACAUGCAGCAUCAAAUGUUUCAGCUUUCUAAAAAAAAAUAAUUAAAAAAUAGGAUGCUAGUGUGCAAGUUCCAUGUUUAGUCAUAGCGAAUGUGUGCAAUAUGUUAACGAUGCCUGUGGUUGCCACGAAGUGCCUCAUUUACCUUUUAAAUACUGUUAGAAAGUGUCAUGCAUGCAGAUGGAUGGGGUGGAACUGUGCACUAAAAGGGUCUCCAACUGCAGUGUUUGGCAGAGCUGCCUUUCUCUGCCGGUUCAAAUUUUCAGUCUGUUUUCAUAUAGCAUAUAUAUAUAUAGAUACUAAAAGAAAAAAAAAAAUCAGUCUGUUAAGCAGCCUUACUCUGAUUCAGCCUCUUCAAAUACUAUUGUGCUGUGCAACAGUGGCUCUGUGUGUAAUGCUAUGCACUGAGAAUACACAAAAACCAAGUAUGACAUGUACAGGAUAAUGCCUCAUACAAAUCAGAUGUCCGUUUGUUAUUGUGUUUAACAACCCUUUAUCUCUUAGUGUUAAAACUCCACUUAAAACUGAUUAAAGUCUCAUUCUUGUCA